CUUGGAGCUAACCCUGAAGCUGCUGCCGCUGCCCAUCGCCGCCUGCAAGACCACUACCUCGUCGUCGAAAUCGUUGAACCACCGUGAGCAAGGAAGGAAUGGAGCGGUCGGAGAUUAUUAAACGAUGUGUUUCUUUUUAUGAAACGAUGAGAUCGAAGCAUGAUAAUUUGAUGUUAAACUUUGUUCUUACAUUAUUUGUGUACUUUAGGAAUAGAAGUAGUGGAGAAGUGUCAUUAGGCGGAAGAAUGAAUAGUAGAAUUAGACGUGAUGCUUUAGAGCGUAUUAUUGGUGAGGGUGAUAGGAAUUGUAUUUGGGAGUUAAGAAUGAACACAAAUGCCUUUGCUAAUUUGUGCGAGUUGCUUCAAGUCCAAGGAGGACUUUGUGAGGAUGGUCAAGUAAGCUUGCCGGAACAAGUUGCAAGUUUUUUAAUUAUCUUAGCUCAUCACAAGAAAAAUCGUAGUCUACAAGUUAGAUUUUGUAGGUCUGGGAAAACAGUUAGUAAGUAUUUCAAUAAGGUUUUAAAGGCUAUUAUACGUAUGCAAAACUUGUUAUUCGCCAAGACCUCACCGGUUGAAGAGGAUUGCAUAGACCCAACAUGGAGAAAGUUUAAGGGUUGCUUGGGAGCAUUAGAUGGCACUUAUAUAGAGGUGACAGUCCCCGAGUCUGAUAAGUCAAGAUAUCGAACAAGGAAGGGUAAAAUAUGUACUAAUGUCCUAGGAGUGUGUAAUCGAGAUAUGAGCUUUGUUUAUGUACUUAGUGGGUGGGAGGGAUCGGCAUCUGAUUCAAGAAUACUUCGAGAUGCAAUCACUCGUGGUAAUAGUCUCAAGAUACCUCAUGGUAAUUACUAUUUAGUGGAUGCGGGUUACACAAAUGGUCCUGGGUUCCUAGCACCAUAUAGAGGCACUCGCUAUCAUGUUAGAGAGUGGGCUCAAGGAACACGUGCACCUCGCAACUACCAGGAGUAUUUUAAUAGAAAGCAUUCUUCUGCUAGGAAUGUCAUAGAGCGAUGCUUUGGAUUACUUAAGAAGAGAUGGUCAAUUUUAAGAAGCCCUAGCUUUUACCCUAUAAAAACACAAAAUCAGAUAAUAAUUGCUUGUUGUCUGUUGCAAAAUUUUAUUCGGAAGAACAUGGAUAUGGAUCCGGAAGAGCAAACUAGCUUCUUAGAUGAAUUUCUGCCCGUCGAAGAGGAAGCACCAGAUGAGUUGAUCGAUGUGGUUGAAAAUACGAAUGAGUGGACACAAUGGCGUGACAACAUUGCAAUUGAGAUGUACGAAGAGUGGCGAGCUAGUCGUACGGAAUAGGAUAGAUUAUA